CGUGCGAAAUAGUGCGACAAAUUUUUAUCACAGACCAGCACAGCACCGUCGUGACCGUCUCCUGAGUAGGUUAGCUAGUUGGUGUUGCAAGUUGUUCAUUCAUGACGCACAAUAGGUCACUUCAUAAUAUUUGUACAGCUUUUGCGUGCUGUCGACCCCGCUAACUUACACGCGCUCAGCGUGCGAGCUCACAGAGGACACUCAUGGCGUACACACAGCUAUUAAAAGCCCUGCUGCACCGGACUUUACAACACACCGCGACGAAAUGUAAACUCACGCAUGUCAGAUUGCUCAUCCUGACGCACAGGACCGCGUCCACGGUCUCGCGACUGACCUUCCGCAGGAGAGUCGAGGCUCCUUCGUCCGUCCUGCCAGUGCUGAGCGGCUUCAUUCAAGCGCAGACGCGUAGGGGCGUUCAAAGCAGCCCCGAAGAGAGAGACAGGUCGGUCUCCAGGUAUCAGAGUGGGAGCCCGACGCCUUCAGCUGGACAAAAAGUGAAAGAAGCUGGCAGAGACUUCACCUACUUGAUAGUUGUACUCAUUGGACUUGGGGUGACAGGUGGGCUGUUAUAUGUGGUGUUCCAAGAGCUGUUUUCCUCCUCAAGUCCAAAUAAAAUCUAUGGGAAAGCCUUCAACAAGGUCAGGUUGGACCCAGAGGUGAUUGGUGCAUUUGGGGAGCCAAUCAAGUGUUAUGGGGAGACUACCCGCCGAGGAAGGAGGCAGCAAGUCAGUCAUCUGGAGUACCUGAAGGAUGGACUGAAGUUUAUGAGACUUAAGUUUUACAUUGAGGGUUCGGAGCCAGGCCUUAAAGGAACCGUACACUCUGAGUCCAAAGAGAAUGCCGAAACUGGAAAAUAUGAGUUUCGUUACAUAUUUGUGGAAGUAGAUACCUACCCAAGACGAAACAUCAUCGUGGAAGAUAACCGAUGAGCAAGAUAGAUAACUCUAAGUGUCUCUUCACGAGAGAAGCACUGCGAAAAUGUGAAUUAUUUUGUGUUAUUGGACAAAUAGCUCAAGAUUUACUGUGAAUGUAACUUUAAUUUACUAUUAAAAACUUGUAUUAAACAUCAACAAUGUUGGCUUACUUUAACUUUGCAACAACAAUAAAGCAUUUGGCAUAGAGCUUUUCUUACACAUGUGCUACAAAUCAUGUUUUGACCAAAAGAGAAGAUCACCUUACUUUUGUAAUCGACUGCAAUCAAAAAUGCUCUUAAAUUGUAAUAAAAAUGUUGUCUGUUA